UAACGGCAGCCAUAUGCUGCGGGCUGGCAGCGUUAGACUCCGCCUAAAUCGGGUAUCCCUGUGGUGUGCCCCUGCUAUAAUUGUUACGGCGAGGGGAGAGCAAGAAGGAAGUGGAUCUUCGUUUAUUUAUUAACGGAAUAGAAUUACCCUCAGAAAGCAAAAACCGUACUGUGUACAAACUGCCGGUAUGGGGAAUUGUCAUACAGUGGGGCCCAAUGAAGCCUUGGUUGUAUCAGGUGGUUGUUGUGGUUCAGAUGAAAAAGAGUAUGUUUAUGGAGGAUGGGCCUGGGCGUGGUGGUGCAUCACUGACAUACAGAGACUGUCAUUGGAGGUUAUGACCAUCCUCUGUCGCUGUGAGAAUAUUGAGACAUCGGAGGGGGUUCCUCUUUACGUAACUGGGGUUGCUCAGGUAAAAAUCAUGACCGAGAAAGAACUUCUGGCUGUGGCAUGUGAGCAGUUUUUGGGCAAAAAUGUUCAUGAAGUUAAGAAUGUAGUCCUUCAGACCCUGGAAGGCCAUCUGCGUUCAAUUUUAGGUACCCUGACUGUGGAGCAAAUCUAUCAGGACAGAGAUCAGUUUGCCAAGCUGGUUCGGGAGGUUGCAGCUCCUGAUGUUGGACGUAUGGGUAUUGAGAUCCUUAGCUUUACCAUCAAGGAUGUAUAUGAUAAAGUUGAAUAUUUAAGUUCUCUUGGUAAGACUCAGACAGCAGUUGUUCAGAGAGAUGCAGAUAUUGGUGUCGCUGAAGCAGAGCGUGAUGCUGGUAUAAAGGAAGCCCUGUGCAAGAGAGAGAUGUUAGAUGUGAAAUACUUGGCUGACACUAAAAUGGCUGACUCCAAACGGGCUUUUGAACUGCAAAAAGCAGCAUUUAGUCAGGAAGUGAACACCAAGAAAGCAGAGUCUCAAUUGGCUUAUGAGCUUCAAGCAGCCAAGGAGCAACAAAAGAUCCGCCAGGAGGAGAUAGAGAUUGAGGUUGUUUCGCGGAAGAAGCAGAUUGACAUUGAGGAGAAGGAAAUUAUCCGAAUGGACAAGGAACUGGUAGCCACAGUAAGAAGGCCAGCUGAAGCUGAGGCAUAUAGGAUGCAGCAGAUAGCUGAAGGAGAAAAAGUAAAAAAAGUUCUUAUUGCUCAAGCUGAGGCUGAGAAGAUCCGAAAGGUAGGAGAUGCAGAAGCUUCUGUUAUUGAAGCGAUUGGCAAAGCAGAGGCAGAGAAAAUGAAGCUGAAAGCAGGAGCCUACCAGCAGUACGGGGAAGCAGCUAAAAUGGCCCUUGUCUUGGAAUGUCUACCACAGAUUGCUGCCAAAGUUUCUGCACCACUUUCCAAAGUUGAAGAAAUUGUUAUUCUCAGUGGAGACCACAGCAAAACAGGGGAAAUCAAUCGCUUGCUCGCGGAAGUUCCAGUUUCUGUUCAGGCUCUUACUGGUGUAGAUCUGACAAAGAUUCCAUUUCUCCAGAAGGCCACAGGAAUGAAGGUGUAAAACAGAACCUAGAGAGAACCUCCCGUAUGCACUCGAGUUAGUUGCCUUCAAACACAUUUGGAUGCUUAGUUUUAUAGAAAGACAGUUUCAGCUUCAGUUUAAUUAUCUGGUGCCUUAUAUUUUAGGACCAGAAACAACUUGUCAUAUUCUUGCUGUCUUCAUUUUAGCUUGUAAAUUUAUUUUUGUUCUUUAAACCAAGAUGAUUAUUUUUUUAUUUUCCUGGUGAUUUUAUUUGUUAAUAUGAUAUAAUCUAUUGGCAAGGUAGAGUUCUAGUUUGACUGGAGUUGCUGAUUCUGUGCCUUCGGUCUCUCUUCCCAUCAGAUGUGCUCUCAAAGCUGCCAAAAUGCUGCUUUUAAUUUUUAACAAGAGCUCCAGCCAUUUUAAAUAUGUAGAAAUUAAGGAUGCCAUUGGUAGUUUACUCCAUAUAAUUUCAUUCCUGCAUCUUUUUUAAGAUCCCUAUUUUUGACAGUAUAAAAAGCUAUAUGUAAAAUCAUUCAUGUAUCCAUCAUAUCCAUUUUUUUUAUUUUUAAUCCAUAUCAAUGGUGCUUGGCCCCUCUCAUGCCUCAUAUGCCUUUGCUUAACGCUUGCAAGUAAACGGUUUGAUUCAUCACAUUUUAAGGACAACCCCUCAGGAGUCUGCAGUUAGCAGUGUUAAGAGGGGUUUUCAGUCAAGAAGCAAUCUGCUGAGUAUGCAAACAUUCCAUUGUUUUGUAGUAUGGGAUUUCAAGCAAUGGGAAAAUGUAGAUGUUUAAGCCAUGCGCUUUCAGAAGUCUCUGUACACAGUUAAAAUCUGUAGGAAUGAUUUGUAUGACACUAACGUUUUCCACACUGACUGCUAGAGGUUUCAGAUGAAUCUGCAGUGCUCACCCACUUGUGCAUAUAUUUUUUUUAUUCUUUAUGCUAAGCUCAAAGCCAUAAAACGGCAAUCUUUCAUAAUUUUAUGUUUAUUUUGGACCAUGUUUACUGAGAAGUGCUACCACUUAAUAUAUAUAUAUAUUUAAUUUUGUUUCUCAAAAACACACGUUUCAGGCCAGGUCCUUGCGUUACAUCUUGUCUUUAAGGAGAUAUUUUUAAACAAAGCUGGUAGGUGCCUUAAUAUGUAGCACUGUUUGAUAAAUAUGAUCUGUACAAUUUUUAAAACCUUGCACUUAACAUCUUUGCAAAGUAAUAGAUCUUUAUACAAAAGGCAGUCUGUCAAAAAAUUAUAUGCUGUGUCAAAUAUCACGUUAAAAUGCAAUACACACGAAUACGCAGGGAAAUUCAAGUUUAAAUUGUGCUAAAUAGCCAAGGACUUUAAUAUAAAAGUCUGCCUCGAAAUCAGACCCUUUUAUUGACUUAAACUAGCAUCUGAUUUCAUACAUAUUUUUCUUUGUGUUUUGUAUGAAAAUGAUCUCUGUCUUGCAGAAUAGUUUUGUUCAUCGUUUCUAGUGAAGUGAAUGGCAAUCUGAAUAUCUGACACUAUAUUAUAGAGUAAUGGUUUUGUACUGGUCUAAAGUGUAUAAAAAAAAAAUCUAAAAUGUUCUUUAGCAUUUGUAAGUAUUUUGUUAUCCUGUUGCUUCCUUUCAACCACGUUAUAAAGAAAAUGUGAAUUUUUUUUGAAAAUUUUUUUUAAACUGUGACUCGUGUCAAGAAUUGACUUUUCUUUUAUGGAAAUUGCUAAAAACAAAGGUACAAUACCUUCAGUUUAUAUGAUUUUUCUUGCUUGAUGUAGUCUAAUAUUUAAGAUUAUAAAGAAAUUGGUUUUUAAUGUAUUCAUCUUGAUUAGGGCUCAAAGUUAGAGGCGUUUAAAUAUGAAGUAUUGUGAAGGAUAAUAAGGUUAGUUCUUUAUGUAUAAUUUAGAGCAGAGAUGUGUAGUCCCAUAAGACAUUUAGAAGAGGAAAUCCAGAUGGCUAAUUGGUUACCAGUGUUUUCUAACACAGAACAAUCUUUUAGUGUAGAGUGCAGUUUAGUAAAUAUGUCUACAUAUACCGUUAUCACUGGUAUUAUUUUUUUGGACAGGAUUUCAGAAGGCUCACCAAUAUAACUGGUAGCAGAAAUGGAGUAUUUGCUGUUUGAAGGAAACUGGAGAUUGAAGCUGUUUUUCAUAGUUAUUUUAAACUUGCUUUCAAGCACUGUGUUGGUUUUGUAUUGUUUGCUUUGUAUUCAAAGGUUAUAUGAAUUGUUACUGAAGGAAAUAAUACUUUUAUUAAUACUGAGAAAUCCCCCUCUUUAAACCUGUGAGUGCUAAGCACUUUCCCACCUGGGUGCUAAGCUUUUUUAAGUUUUUUGUUUUUUUUAGUUUUCUAUUUUUGGAAGAAAAAAAAGUUUUUAUUUUCAGAUCCCCAAUACUUACACUGUUGGAAAGGUUAGGCGAUUACCUUUACAACGGUGGGUCUUGGAGGUCUGUAGCUGCUUAGAUGCCUUAGAUACAGGCUUCUAAGCAGCAUGCCCCCUGCUCCUAUACUUAACAUUGUUAAGUAUAAAUAAAGUUGUGCGGUGACGUCAUCACAUCAUUGUGCGUGACGUCACACCGCAUAACAGGAAGCCCCGGCGAUGCCUGUCAUUAUGCAGGCCCGAUCGCCGGGGUAGGAGCGGGUGGGAGCCUCCAGAUCUCCUUCAAGGUGGGAGAGUGCUAGCGAUGGCUCUGAGCCGUCGUUAGCACCAGAGUGGGAAACUCUGCGACGGCUCAGAGCCGUUGUUAGCACUCAAGGGGUUAAAAGUAUGGUAAACAAAAGCUUUUAGCAUUACACUGAAAGCAUUGCAGUAUAUAAUUAUAAAUUAUUGCAAGUAAAUAGCUUAAAGGGACACUGAACCCAAAUUUUAUUUCUUUCGUGAUUUAGAUAGAGCAUGCAAUUUUAAGCAACUUUCUAAUUUACUCCUAUUAUUAAUUUUUCUUAAUUCUCUUGCUAUCUUUAUUUGAAAAAGGCAUCUAAGCUAAGGAGCCAGCCAAUUUUUGGUUCAGACCUCUGGACCCAGGUUGUUCACCAAAAACUGCCCAGCAUCUAAACUUACAUUCUUGCUUUUCAAAUAAAGAUACCAAGAGAAUGAAGAACAUUUGAUAAUAGGAGUACAUUAGAAAGUUGCUUAAAAUUGCAUGCUCUAUCUGAAUCACAAAAGAAAACAUUUAGGUUGUUUCACUUCAAAUGAGUUUUAUUUGCAUAUAUGUGAAACCACUUUAGGUGCAUGUUUACCUGCACUGAAGACCACCCCUUUUUAUGAGGCUUUUUUCUUUAAUACUCUAAAAGGGAACAGAUAGCUAGUACAACCAAUCAUAUGCCUCAUAGAGUCUAACGAACGUGCACUUUCACUGCUGCGCAUUAGAGACCAUAGAAACUCACAACAUAUCAGAUGCAGAGCAAUUUGAGUUCACACCGUUUAGGGCAGGCCGUACUGCAUCCGAUUUGCCAUACUACCGAUCUAUUUAAUGUUGAAUAAAAAGCUCCCAAUAGGGGUGGACAGCAGUGUGGGUUGAAUUUACACUCAAGGCGAUAUAAAUAGAUACAAAUGUAACCUGUUUAAUUGGUGUGCUUGCAAUCUUUUUUACUUUGAUGCUGUAAAGUUAUCAAUGUAUUCAUAAAAAGGUAAACAACAAAAAUAAUUAAUUUACCAUCCUUUUAACAUAGCUGUUAUACAGUGGGAAUUUGUGUUUUUUAACAAAAAAAAGUCUGCCUUUCUAUUUCCUUUCACUAGUAACACUGCUGCACGUCUAGUAAGUCAUUUUGUGCCUACUGUUACACUAAAGCUGGUUUUCACUGGAAAUUGCUUGUAUUCUGUACAUAAGGUUUUAGGAUAAUUUUAGAUUACUUUGUUUUAAUUAUUUUCUUAAAGUCCAUGUGUAGUAUUGGUCAUAUAUUAACAAUAGCAGAGCUCGUAAUCACUACUUAUUUUCAAUAUCUGAGGCAGCUUAAUUAAAAAAAUUUUGCCUCUUUAAAGAGAUUGUAAGAAUGUCUGUGUGUGUUUGUUAGGACAGAAAAUGUAAAAAUCCCAGAUACAUAUGUAUGUACCUUUCCUGAAUGGAAGGAAUUCUUUGAGCCAACAUAUAGAGAAACAUAUGUGCAGUAAACUUCUGGCUCUCUGAAGCUGAAUCCCAAACUAAAGGGUAUAUUAUAUUGCGUUUGGAAUGCUUAUCUUUUAUUUUACAAAGUAUACAAGGAUAUUUGUAGAAAACUCUGUAAUAACCUUUUUGAAUAAUGCCCCCCCCCCCUCCAAGAGUCAAGAACACUAUUCUUUCUCAACACCCUGAAACUGCCCAGGACUUUACAGCUACGGUUCUGCCACAGUUUUCAUAUGCAUCUUUUUUUUCACAGAGACAUUGUGAAUGCUUUUUUUCGUAAGUCCAACCACUUGGAAGACAUAGGUUCACAGUUUGGGAAACACUAGUUUACUGCUUUUAUAUCAGGUGCUUGUGUAUAGUUUUACAAAGUUGUACUCAGACUUUGUAAUUAAGCACUUCAUAUCGUCAACACUUUUCUAAGUUAUGUUUAGUGUGUUAUCCAUGUUUUGAUUUGCGGUCAUUAGGUUAUUAAAAUCAUUAGAUGCAUAGCUGUUUCCUUCCAUUGCCUUCCUCAGUUUGAUCAUUUCGGCCUGUUCAUUUAUUUCAGAAAUUCCUCGGUGCCUUAACACCUUUGCAAAAUCUUCACAGUUAUCUGGUCUUUUCUUUUAAUUGAAUAACAAACAAAUGCAAAUGCUAGAAAUGGCCAUGUAACAGCCUUUUUUAAUGGAACUGGAUUCCUUUUUCUUGAAAACAGAUUGAUUCUAAUUGCUUGACUUCAUAUCCCAAGCAAAUUGGAAUGAAUCUUGGGGAAUCCAAGCUCAUUUACAAACAAGGUAUUUGUGCAAGUUGUCUAUUACAUAAUGUCCUUUGUCACCAAAAAUGUAUAUUACUUAUAUAUUAUUGUACAUUCAAUGUUUCCGUGAUAUUAUUUAGCCAGUGAUAAUUUAACCAAUUGUACUUCGUUAUAUAAACAAUGUGUACAGUAAAAUAUGUGAAGUUUGUGAUCGGCCUCCUAAGAAAACCAUUAGGAAAAUAGAGCUAUCAGUCUUAUAUAUGAUUCUUUGUACAAGACAGCAGAUGCUGAUACUCUAUAACAAUGACUGUUAUGUGAUUUCUUAAUAGCCGCAUGUGAAAUAUGUGCAUGUAAAACAUUUUGUGGCUUGUGUUUUUCUUUCUCUUGUAACACUAUGCAAGUGUUUUCUUACCUGAAAAAUAAAAGUCCAGUGUUCGACA